AUGCUACAAGCUUUGGUCAAUGAGCAAGAAAAAUUGGUAAAAAAUUCAAUUGCUCAAUUCAUAGGUGUAAUAGGAAAACAUGAAUUUCCGGAAAACUGUUGGCCAGAAGUUUUACAAUUUAUCCACACUUUAACAAGUGCUGAAAAUAAUUUUGAUAAAGAGCUUGGAAUGUAUACACUGUCAAUAAUGACUGAAAUCGCUCAAAGUUCUUACAUAGUACAUGCUGAAUCUUUUGCUAUAUUAUUUACAAAUAUUAUAAAUCAACUUACAGAUCUAAAAUUAAAUGUAGGUUACUAUACAAUAAUUACCAUGAAAAAUCUUGUGCCUGCCAUAGGAGGUAACCAACAGGUGCGUAUUUAA